CCGAGCAGGCACAUCUGCUGGGAAUCGAACAGCAGCGCCAGCACGACGAGGCAGCAGCAAAGGCUGCUGAUUAAGAACGAGUUCAACGGCGGGAGAAGAUAUUUAGUGGAGAGCAAAAUUUGCUCACAAUGGCAGCGGAUUGGCGGGCCGAGGCCGAGAAUGGCAAGUUGGAGGAUACCGCAAACAAGAUCGCUCUACUCCUCUCCCAUCUCACAGACCUCCUGGCAACAUGCAUUACACAGCAGGAAGAUCCGCUGACUCAAGUCCACGGCCGUCCCUGGCAGCUGGAGCAGCGACCUGUCACCGCCCCCGAUGCCAGCACUACCAACAACUCCGAUCGCCUUGAAGCAUUGGAGAUGGACGUCGGCUCCCUCAUGGACGGCGUGCAGUUACAGCAAACCGCAACGCAACAGCUGGAACAGCGGAUCUGCACUGCCGCCAACCACUUGAGUUCGGAACAGCGCGAGACAGCUCCAAAGUUCGACGGGCAGGAGAUCUUCUGCGACUCGACGAAGACAGAUCCAAUUUCAUGGUUCCGCAAGUUCGAGCUCACGUUGCAGCUACACUACGUCAAAGAACACAAGCACGACGCGUACUUAUACUCCUGGUCGGGGGGUGCGUGCCAGGCAUGGCUGGACAAUCUCUUGUCCAAGUACGGAGUGGUAGCUGCCGACUUGCAUACCAAGAUCAGUUGGGAUGAUCUGAAGGCGGCGUGGCACAAGCGGUUCCAAGUAGAGCCGCCGGAGAUCAAGGCAAUGGACAAGCUAAUGGUCUUCGAACACGGCACGUUGCCGAGCGUCGACUGGAUUGCCGAGUACCAACGCUUGACAUCCAUCCCAGACAUCCAGAUGGGCUUCAAGGCCAUCCGCCACUAUCUCAUCUCAAGGUCGUGUCCGACAUUAAGCAAUGCCCUGGAUCACGUCAAGGACACCUUGAGGACAACGGCGGAACUCUUGAACAUGAAACGGUAUUCACCAAUUCGUGGUAGCUGAGACAGAUCCCAGGGCUCGAUCCCUAGUUUCCCAACUU